GAGGGAAGCAAUGAGACUGAAACUUCUGCACCUUUGGACUAGAUCUUUCCACGCUUUAACAACAAUAUGCCGAUGCCAAAGCUUUAAUAAAACUGGAUGUCCACUAUUACAGCAGGAUAAUGAAGUUGACAGAACCGCUCACAGAACAACGAAAUCUUGGAAUUUGUAUGAUUUGAAAACUGCUUCCCCUUGUUUAACAAGUCGUUGUGUGCAAGUCAAGAAUUGGCAAUUGCUCCAAGGAAAUGUAUUGGCUUUGGGAAAAAAUGUUUAUUAUCAGAGUGGGGAGGUUUUUUUUCCAUCCUGGAAAUAUUUUGGUGUGGCGAUGACGGAAAACUACAAGCUCAAUACAGAGUGUAUUAAAAAGCUUUGGAACAUAUCAUCACAAUUUUACUCGGUUGUUUCAGCUGGUAAAAUUAUUCCAAAACACAGUAACCAGCCAGUGAAGAGGCCACCAAAGGCACCAAGGACCAAGCAGCCAUCCAGAACUAACCAGCCACUACUGUCAGAUAUGGAGAAUCUGAUGCAGUGCACAGCCUUUGCAACAGCAGAUGAGUAUCAUCUUGGUAAUCUGUGUCAUGACCUGACUUCACAUGGAUAUGUUGAAAUAACAAGUUUGCCUAGAGAUGCUGCAAACGUUUUGGUGAUUGGUACUGAGAAGUCUGCAAAAGAAGAUGAUCCUGGCAUGAUUUUUUUCUUCAGGGAAGGGGCUGUUGUGUUUUGGAAUGUGGAAGAGAAAAGUAUGAAGAAUGUCAUGCAAGUGCUAGAACAGCAUGAAAUUCAGCCGUAUGAAGUUGCACUAGUCCACUGGGAGAAUGAAGAGAUGAACUAUAGAAUAGGAGAAGGUCAGUCAAAGCUUCAUAAAGGAGAAAUCUUGUUAAAUUCUGAGCUGGAUAGCGAUGAAGUUGUUCUGCAGAAAUUUGCCUUUUCAAAUGCCCUUUGUCUUUCUGUGAAGCUGGCUAUUUGGGAAUCAUUAUUGGAUAACUUUGUGGAAUCUAUCCAGUCAAUUCCUGAGAUACUGAAGUCACGAAGGAAGGUGAAAUUGUCUCAUGCAGAUGUAAUGCAGAAAAUUGGAGAACUCUUUGCAUUAAGACACCGUAUAAAUCUAAGUUCAGACCUGCUAAUAACACCCGACUUCUACUGGGAUAGAGAAAAACUGGAAGAGCUUUAUGACAAGACUUGCCAGUUCCUCAACAUUAAUCGUAGAGUUAAGGUAAUGAAUGAAAAGCUUCAGCACUGCAUGGAGUUGACAGACCUAAUGCGAAAUCACCUGAAUGAAAAGCAUGCUCUGCGCCUCGAGUGGAUGAUAGUAAUACUCAUUACCAUAGAGGUUCUGUUUGAACUUGCAAGGGUAGUUUUCUGACGACAGAAUAAACUCAGGAAGAAGAAAAUUGACAAAACCAUAAAGACCACAUGGCCCAGAAAAUUCCUGUCUAUCAUACACUUCUGGAAAAUAGUGGAAUUGUGUCUCUUGAUAAAUAUGUACAUCUCUUACUCAAAUAAAAAAAAAA